AUGAUGCUUCCGGUUGAUCGCGAGUUCCAGGCCAAAAGCCGCGUCGCGUACGCAACGCUUCACCCUUGCCAAUCAACUCAUCUCUCCUUGCAAAUCGGGAUGGAUUGACUAUAUCUGCUGAAUCAUGGAAUAAGUGUAGGUAUGUCUGUCACAGUGGCCCGACUCCAGCCAAGAACGGCUCGUAGUUCAUCUCCAUGGACGCCAGUCCACGAUUUUCUUCGCCCACGUUUCUUCACCAGUAGCUAUCUUCUUGGAACGUUGAAACAAAUAACUCUCCAGAAUAAAAACUAAAAAAAAAAAUAAAACAAAAAUCCAACGAGAGUCGAAAAAAGAUAUAAUGAUGACCAGGCAAUAAAGAAAUGAAAAGAAUGCGACGUGCGUCUUUUCGGAUUCUCAUUUCAAUUCCAACAACGUUGGUCCUUUCCGACGCCUCGUCACGACGAUGUCCGCCGUCCAGACGACGUCAACUCACGAUCCGGAGCCGACUCUGGAAGCCGAGGUAUGUCUUCUACCAAAUUUCCGGGUUUUCAAGUUUUUCUUUAAAAAAAAAUCGUCUUUUAUGAAGAGGAUAAAGCCCUUUGGACUUUGGUUAUGAUGACCAAAAAAAGAGGACGUACCUAAGCGGUUCUAGGGAUCACUUAAGGGGGCUGACGCUACUGAAGUGGCCACUAAAAAUGCUCCGACCGGUCAGACUCGCGUCCGGUUUGCGUUGCCAAGGUCCGAGCCGGUAACGAAAACUGGACGUUUCCAAGCGGUCCUAGUGAUCCCUUAAGAGUUCUAAAGGUACUUAAGGGGCUACUAGGAGUGCUCCGACACGUCCGAAAAAAUUUCCAACUGAAGCAGAAAAAUCUUGGAAGCUUUCUAGAAGAGCUGAAAUUCGAAAUAAAGAUUUUCAAUUCCUUCCUUCCAUUUUGUUCAAAAAUUACAUUUCCAAUUUAAGGUUCUAGGGUUCACUUUAGAGCUUUUUUUGAGGAUUUGGAGUCAGAAACCAUCGGAAUUUGAGAAUUAGAGACUUCUAAACAUUAGCAAAUUGUUCUGAACACUGUUAAGCCAUCUAUAUUCCAGAAAGAGUCAGAAAAAAAAAACUGAAAAAUCGACUCAUUUUAAAGGAUUUUUAAUACAUUUUGUGUCAAGGAGACCUUCUCUUCCAUGUUUUUUUACAUUUUCAAUCAUUACAUCUAGUUCAAGAAUCACUUUAUAUUGAGCUCUACAGGACCUUUUCCCCUCCUUUUUCUUCAAAUCGAACCCAAAUCCUUUCAGAAAACGAUUGUUUGGCGGUUCCCCUCAACGGUUUCCCAAUCUUCUCUGUGCGGCCGAUCAAACGUCUCUAACGCCUGUACUCUAAUAUCCCUACACGUUGCCGAGUACAUCCAUCUCCAUGACAUCAACAUGCCCAAGCUGAAUCAUAAUCACAAGGUUUCUUUAAUGAUUAAUUUUUGGCGACUUGAAAGGCGAUAUGGGCAGAUCGGCAAGCGUGACGCGCUGCGUGUGCAACGCGGUUUUUGGCGGGAAUUUCAAACAGAAUGGAGUUUUGAAAGGAAAUAUGAAAAAAUUAUCGAAAAACUAUCGGGAAAUAAGUAAAAAAGAUGGAUUGCGUUUGAAUUUCUUCUUCCCGCCAAGAGCCGCAUCGCGACCGCAACGCGCUACUCUUGCUGAUCGUUUUUGUAUUAAAAUGUCUCGUUUCUGUCUCCAGUCUCAAGAAACGAGAAAAAAUCCUUUUUUUGAGAUGAAAAUGUCGGAGUAAAAGCUGCUAUUUUUUUAAAUUUUUCUUGAAUUCAUUUGAAGUGUAGCCUGUAUACCAUGACUUGGAAUUUCACCAAACGACAUUCCGCUGUGCCGCUGCGCGCCUUUGCGAACUUCGGUUGCUCUUUUAAUAUUUUUUCUCAUUUAUUAAGGUACUCUACUUUCAUGUGCUCCCACAGCAAUAACAAUCAAUUGAAAGCGUGACUUAGAUUCAAAAGACGCUUCGCGAACGCACGCAGCGGAACAGCGGAAUGUCGUUCGGUGAAAUUUCAAUGCGUGACACACAAACUAUACUUCAAAUUUUCGAUCUCGAUCUUGUCUCGAUUUGAGAAAAGAAUAUCGUGAACAACCCUGCUUCCAAAUUGGGAAAAAUCGACUACAUGGUUUUCCCAAUAAACUCUUGAAGAACACCUCGACGCACCGGUACAACGCCCUGCUGUCGCAGCCAAUCGAACGCCGAGCCAUUGGCGGCUCCGAAAGCUUCUUCAACGUCACGACGCCUUUCUACGCACAGCCGUCUACCUUAGUUUAUAACCCCUAUAAGUCCGCCUACGAUCCUUUACCAGUGAGUUGAGAAGUAUUCCUUUGAAGAUUCUUCUUCUCAGAGAUGUCCGUCCGAAAUAUAUUCCUGCCUCCUUAAUGGAAUUAUUGACGGAAAUGAAACGUACGACAGACAUGCCGGUGAAGAUUCGACGCGAGUUUACAAUUUACCUGAUGCGAUCAAGGCUUGCGGCUCGAAUUUUAACGUGAGUUUGGAGAUCAAGACUUGAAAUGACUUCUCUGCGCCCUCCUCGUCUCUCGACGACUCUCUCUUGUUGGCGCGCUAUUUCCGCGUUUCUGUGACCUCGCCGGUAAGGAAACAGAGAGACGCAGACACUCGAAAACUGUCAAGUCGCGGGGGAUGGACUAUAUCACUGAUAAAAAUCAUCAUCGCUUUGUUAGCUUCUGAAGUCUCAAAUCCUCCGUAAAACGCAGAAGUUCGAUCCUGAAAAUUUUUUGACCAUUUUUCAAUCUUGUCCUUCAUAUAAAUUGAUGUGAUUUCAACGAAAAUGAUAACUUUUUUUUUCUUAUAAACUGAUUGAAGAGGUUUCAGGAGGUUGAUUUCACGCUUGUGAGCGGCAGCAUCUCCGAAAGCUUGCCUAAACUCAUCUGGAUGGCUGUUAGAUGGUGAGCUUUUUCCCUUGAAGUAAAAAGAUUUCCUUUUCUGGAAAAAAUUUUUUUUUGAUUUUAUUCGGUUUAACUCGGAUGAAACAAUGAAAGUCCAGAGUUUUGGUCACUUCAUUUUCGACGACUUUUUGACUUUAUUUUCCAAAUUCAAAGCUCAAAAUAAAAUUCUCAAAGCCUUUCUUCAUCCCUCUUGUAAAAUUUAUUAAGCUUCUGAAAACUUGAAAUUUUUUCCGGAAACUUGUGCUAAAACUAUUGAAAAAAGUAUCGAGCAAAAAAAAAGCGGAAGUCGUUAGAACCGAACCCCUAACCCUUGCACUACCAAACAAAGGCUCAACCAACUGAGCCACGUUGCAGUCCGAUGUUCGCCGCCGACAAACGGCUCUUCUUCGUGAUGAUCGGAUGCAUGCGGACUGUGAUGCUGGUCUACGACAGGAGCACUGACACGGUGACCAUGUUCGACCCUCACAUGCACUCGUUCCGAAACUGUUGUGAGUUGAAACCGCGACGCGCCCCGAAGAUUGCUAGACGCGACGCGGUCUUUUCGCAAAAGUGAAUAUUCAUUUUCCAGCCAGUCAGCAGUACGGAGCGCUGAUCGCCACGGCGAGACUUUGCGAAAUCGACUCAUUUUCCGACUUUGUCAAUGGAUUUGUGUUUCCAGACUUGCCUGACCAGGAGAAAAAAGUGAGGUUUUUGAAGGAAAAAUGGGAAAAAAUUUUCAAAAAUCCUUUUUUAGCUACAAGGAAGGUUAUUUCGAAUUCAUUUUCUGCUUUUGAGUGCCUUAAUCAGAAUGUAGUAAAAAAAAAAUGCCUGACUGGGAAAAUUUUUAGUGGCCGCUUUAGGGUUUUGACGUUUUAGUGGCCAUUAUAGUAGUCAAAUUAGUGGCCACUUAAGUGGUUAAAACAUAGUGACCACUUCAGGAGUCAAUGGAUCGACAUAACUGGUCCAAUCUGUUUGUUUUAAAGAAAUCAGAGUUACUGGAAGGAAUACUGGAUGAAAAACUACUGAAGUGGUAAAUAGAGAACCUCUACAGGGGCCACUAAAAGGGAAAAAAGUGGCCACUAUAGAGGUGGGUUUAGUGGCCACUUCAGUGUCCUCUCCAAGUAGUCCUUGGCGAGUCUCUCUAAUGGCCACUAAAAUUUUCCCAUAAAAGGCAAAAAAUCUGUCAAAAACUGACUAAAUCGGUUACUUGAGCCCCUCUUUCUUGAAAAAUGGGGAUCCCAGCAGUUUGAGACUUUCAGACUGUUCUUCUGCCAAUAGAAACUUUCUUUGACUUUUCCAGGAGUUCGAAAUCUCCGUGAUUCGAUUCAAUCCGCAGUCUAGUCUCGUGUCUCCUUGCCUGGUCCCGUUUUCGCCUGCUCCGCCCGGACCGGUGAAGAUUUUUCCGGCCAACAAGCUCAAAUCGUCGGACGUCGUCGUGGCUGGAGGUUCCGCUGAACGGAAACGGCGGGCUGAUCCGGCAGAAUGGGACAAUCAGGAAAAUGGUUGGUCCAUCAUCUGGAAAAGGGCUUUCUAUUCAAAAUAAUUUUAUUCAAAUUUUAAAAAUUUAACAUCUCAUGUUUUCUCACUAUUGCUCAUAUUAGAGUGUUUUUCUCAAAAAAAAAAAUCAAAACCUCUACUUUUCGAAAAAAAUUCCAUAUGUUUGUAGCCCUAUACAUCUGAACCUUAUAAUUUGAUCAGUAGAUCCAAUUCAGUUUCUUAUGAUAGCCAUGUAGUUCUUGUUGGUAGCUAAAUAUCUUCUUGAUCUUCCAAGUCUUAAUUCGAGAAAAAGUCCGGAGAAACUUUCUCAAACCGAACUUUUCAGGCAAAGAACCGUGGCGGAAGCGUCCGAGCCGAUUCUCUCGUCGGAUUUCCGCCGUCCAAGCAGCCCAAGCGUCAAGAGACGCCCGAGCGCCGAUGCAGCCCCUCUGGCCAUAUCCAUCCUUUUUCAAUUACAAUCCUCAGACGAAAUAUUGA